UUUCAGUUUAGACCAGUCAUGCUCAAAUAGUGAAAGAUUAGAAAGCAACCAAAUAUCCUUUUCCAAAGUUCUGAUUAUUUAAGAAGACGUGAAAGUGGAACCACGGCCGUGCAGAACAUAUGCAUGCGCUCCGACCAGUCCUGCUCUGCCGACACACACUCCACUACUCCGGCUACUGAGCGAUCUGAAGCAAGAUGAGCCAUGUCGUCCAGAUCGUGUCCCGGCGCAUGGUCCUGCCGGAGCCGACGCCUUGGCUGCCGUCGGAGGCAGAGACGACCAUCGACCUGACGCCAUGGGACCUCCGGAUGAUCACCGUGGAGUACACCCAGACGGGCGUCCUCCUGCCCAAGCCCCCCGCCACGGGAGAGCACGGUCACCACGCCCCUGUCGUCGAACGCCUCACGUCGUCCUUCGCGCGCGCGCUGGGCCGCUUCUACCCCUACGCCGGCCGCCUUGUCGUCGCGCCGGGCGGGGAGGGUGGGAGCAUCUCCGUAUCGCUCCGCUGCAGCAUGGAGGGCGCCGAGUUCGUCCACGCCGUGGCUCCCGGCGUCACCGUGGCCGACGUCGUCGCGCCGCUGUACACCCCCGUGGCGGUCCGGUCCUUCUUCCCCCUCGACGGGCUGUUCGGCGUGGACACCGUGGCGGGCUCCCACCCGGUCCUGACCGCGCAGGUCACCGAGCUCGACGACGGUGUCUUUGUCGCCAUGUCGCUCAACCACGUGGUCGGUGACGGGACGGCCUUCUGGCAUUUCUUCAACACCUGGUCUGAGAUCAGCCGUCGUGAUACUGACGAUGCCGCCAUCUCCUCGCCGCUGCCGGUGCACCGCAGGUGGUUCCUUGAUGGCUGCCGUGUCCCGAUCCCUCUGCCAUUCGCCAAACUGGAGGAUAUCGUCAGCUAUGGGCACCCAUCAUCGGUGCAGCCGCAGGACUGCUUCCUCCAUUUCUCCGCGGAGAGCGUAAAGAAGCUCAAAGCGAGCCUCUGUCUGCAGACAUCAAGGACCAAGAGUGGUGUCAACAAGGACCCGUGUAGAAGAUAA